GCUGUAUUCUGUUUCAGUUAUCGUCAAAGCGGUAAUUUGUUUCUAUUGUUGGUUAGUAUGAUACCCGAGGGAUUACCGGAGUUACUGGAGAAGUUCACGGAGAAGGCUAUAUCAGAAAAGCCGACUGAUUUGGUUGAGUUCGCAGCAAAUUAUUUUCAUAACCUUCUGGAAUCCAAAAGUCAACUUGAAGAACAUCGAGUAGGCUAUAUUGGUGCACGUCGACACAGUGUGGCAGCUGAAAGUUUUAAUCCAGCCACGAUAACUGAUUUGGAACCUGUUGUUCAUCCAAAGUCUGUAGCACAAAAACUUCGUUUAGCAUCAGUCGUUAAACCAAUUUUCAUUUUUCGUUCAUUGGAUGAGAUUCAACUGAGAAGAGUAAUCGAUGCGAUAAAAGAAACGCCUGUGACUAAAGGUCAAGUAAUUAUAAAUCAAGGUGAAGAUGGUGAUUAUUUUUAUGUAAUUGAAAGUGGGGACUAUGAUAUAAUCAUAAAUGGGAAUAUAGUAGGAAGUUAUGCUGGAUCGGGUUCCUUUGGAGAAUUAGCACUUAUGUAUAACACUCCUCGAGCGGCUACCAUUAUAGCGAAAACAGAUGGUGUAUUGUGGGCUUUGGAUCGAACAACGUUCCAACAUAUAGUUUUGCGACAGGCAUUUUUAAAACGUCAACUUUAUGAGAACUUGCUAUCUUCAGUUCCGCUUUUAGGGAGUUUAAGUGCAUACGAACGUACUAAUUUGGCGGAUGCACUUGGGAGUCAUACCUAUGAAGAUGGGACGUGCAUUAUUCAAGAGGGUGAACCAGGAGAAGAAAUGUACUUUAUUGAGGAGGGAUGUGUUGUAAUUUCUACCAAGAAUUCUGUAAGAAAUAUUUUCAUCAUUUGUUUAUUUUGUUUAUCAAUAUUAAUAAUUUGUCCUUUAUGUGAUAUCACUGAAUUAAGUUUUUUAUAAUGUACGAUAUUCCGAUUACCAUAUCUUACUUUUUCUCUGAUGGAUUGAUUUUUUUUUUUCAGAAUACACAAAUUAUUUGUUUCUUCUAACACCAUCUACAUGUAGCUAGUUUUAAUAACUAGCGAUGUAUGUUUAACGCCAUUUUUAUUAUUUGAUUGUUCAUAAUAACAACUUAUCAAUUGCUUUAACGAAAUAAAUAGUCAUGCAAAAAUGUUCCAUUCUUAUUGAGAUACUAAUGACGCCAUUAUUUACAGGUUAAAAAGUUAACGAUUUGUCCCAUAAUAACUUAUUAAAGUUCGGUAGAUAUGACAAAAUAAAUUUGAAAUAGUAACCAUAUCGGGGAAACGUCAUGAAAAUAAAUCUAUUCGGGUUUAACAACGUGACAGAGAAAGGAUGUGGUUUGUAAAAAUUACAAGUCACGAGCAUGUAGAAGGAUUUUAUUUUCAUACACAAUAUGAGUUUUCUAUAUGUAUAUACCAAGGAGAUCACCAAUACAAAAUGUCAAAUGAAUAUGUACUAUCUCUUUUCUUGCUGGUUUCUAUUUACCUUGCCAAUGAUUCAGAGUGAUAAGUCUCUUUUCGUUGAAUAACCCGUGUUCAUGUGAUAAUUUAUCAUUGUAACCAUCGCUAUGCCCUUUUUGCCAACCUGUCACAAACUCUCUUUUUAGUUUCUGGACUAAACAGAUUUUUGUGCUUUUUUAAUUCAUUCGGAGGAUUGUUGUUAUUAACGAACAUAUUUUACAUUAUCAUUAUUAACAAAGAAUAUGUAUGUAUUUAAUUGCACGGCUUUGGAAAUAAAAUCAUUGGAAAGCAAUAUUUUCGUUAAACAACUAAAUAUUAGACAAAAAAUGUUUAAGAUAAUUAAAAUUUACUAUUCUUUACUUCUCAGCUUCAUUUAGGCGACUGGUAUAAUUUCAAUAUUUAGAACAUCAGUAGCUUAUCUUUUAUUGAGGUAGUGAAUUAUAAUUAUUGAUUAUCUAAAGUAGUCAAUAAUUAACAUAGUUCAACUGUGUUUUAUCUUGGAUAAAGAAUACACUGAUGCUGUAUUAAUUUAGCCGUCAGUUUUAUCGCACAAAAUCAAAGUUUGUAUAUCGUUUUGAUUAGUUAAAGAAAGAAAUGAUUUCUACUUAUUCUGUUUAAUGAUUAGGCUGAAAAGUGGGCUAUUUUGUUUUAUAACUAACCAAUUUUUUAGUGCGGAAAUAUGUAUAAUUUUCAUCCGUAUGGUGUUUAUCUAAAUGUUAUGUAGACCUCGAGAAAGUUGGUUUUGAAGUUUGUAAUUACCACUAAAAAGAUUGGACUCGAUAUAUUCAGAUAAAUUACGCACUGACUAGAUUGUUUAUGAUAAUAUAUCUGUUUUAAAAGUUGUUUUUGAUCUUGAAUUCAGAACUACUAAAUGUGAUUGUAUAAUAUCCUAUGAAUUUCAGAUAUCAUUGUUAUAUUUAUAAAAGAGAGUAUUGUCUUGAACAUUGGCUGUGAUCUAUGACAUACCAGCAACUAGUUGAAAUACAAACGACUUUCACAUCAUAUAUGAUUAUAAAAAAGGAAAACCAGUAGGGAGUUUUUUUGUCAAAAUCUAGCACAAUUUAAAAUUAUUCUUAACACAGAGCUUAGUUGUAUUAUGUAUGUAGCAUUUAUUUGAAUUCAUCUUUAUAUUAUUGUUAAAAUAAUAGUUUUUCAAUACUAUAUUUUAAUGAAUUUGGAAGUGUAAAUACACUCAGAAUCUUAAUGAUAAACUUCCAUAAGUAAUGUAUUUGAAAAGACAUAUUCGUUACAUUUUGUCAGUACAUAAUGUCAUUUUACAAGUUUCCUAUUUUGUACUCAGUGUGUUUUUGUUAGCUAAUAAAUUAGUUUUCGUAAGGAUACAAAUAAUGCCAGUUUAUCUCAUAUCAUAUUCUCAUAUAUGUCAGUAUUGGUAACUAUACACAAAACUUAUUUGAUGCUUAACUUAGUUCUGGUAAUUCAAUGACGGAUCUUAUUGUAUAGAAGGUUUGACAGCAAGCCUUUACUAUAUCAUUCAUUCAAUUAUCUAUACUAAGUUAAAUGAGACCCCAUAUUAAGCGUUUUUUUCGCAAACUCAUAAAACGUGGUAUCAUUGCUGUUACAAGGUUGUUAAGCAAUGUACAAUUACAGUAGAAAACUGAUUUGGUUAAUUAUAAUGAAAUUGUAGCUCAGCUAGAUAGGGUGGUGCAUUGUAUACCAUUGCUCAAGAGGACUAUCUAAAUUGUCUGCUGAAUAAAAGUGAUUUGGCGAUUUAAGCAACUAUUUCAUUUAUUCAUAAUUUAUGAUGAUACGAUGUGUUUCUGUAGGGUACUGUUUCAGAGAACCUGAGGAUUCUGAUUGAUACAAGAUUAAUCAUUAAGAUUUAUAGACUGAUAUUCAGAAAUAACAAUCAAUGCGAAUAUCUUUUAUAAAACCGUUUGUGAAUUGUUUCUUCUAUUUAUGAAGGACACGGAAAAAAUCAAUUUGUUAGCGAUUCAGUAUCUGUUCUUAUCAUCAAAAAUAGUUUACUUAUUUUGAAAAAAGUUUAAAUAAAUAAGCAAAUAUUUCUAAAAAUGCAAAUAGGUUAGAAUUUUAUUUCAGUGGGAAAAAAAUCCUACUGAGUCUUUACUUUUUUUUAAAUGAGUUUAACUACAUUAAUAAUGUAAUUUUUUCACAAAUAGAAAGGAGAGGAAAUCGUACUCAAACAGCUGCACAAGAAUGAUUAUUUUGGUGAAUUAGCGUUAAUUUUACAUGAACCCAGGAAAGCAUCAGCUCGUGCUGUUGGUAGAACUAAACUUGCAGUUCUGGAUGUAUCAAGUUUUGAACGACUUAUGGGACCAUGUAUAGAAAUUAUGCAACGUGAAAUGGGACGUUAUCGUACUCAAUUACUUGAAACUUUGGGACCAGAUGAUAUACGUAAUAAUCCUUCAUUGGCAAAAUUCGUAGAAUUCGAACAGUAAUUUCAGAAAAAAGAAAAUACGAAUAUGUCAACUAUAAUGAAUUAUGAAAACAAACUACAAUUGUCUGUUCUCAUUCAUUUCUUCAUAUAGAUGUUUUACGUAAAUGAUCGUAUCCUCAAUGUUUUGUUGAUGAAUUUCUGUAUCUUUCAUGAAUAUAAACGUUUAACGUUUUCAUUGUCUUUUUACAAUAUCUGUAACGUGAUUAUUCUCACUAUUUACACAUACAUUCAAUUAUCGAAUGUAUUUUUUAAAAAAAACUGAUGUUUAUUAUUAUUAUUAUUAUUCGUACAAUAUCAUAUUGUAGGCAUAUUAAACUAAUUACUUCAAAUACUACUUAUAAUCAUAUACUACUUUCAUACAAAUUCCAUGAUACACUUUACAAAAUAGUUUGAUUAAUUAUCUUUUCAUUAUUAUUAUUAUUAUUUUCCUAAUAAUUUAAUAACCUUUAUCAAUUCUCGUAUAAUGUAAAUAAUUAAUUGAUGAUUGGGUUUUUUUUUACUUGAACUGAUGUGAAGAAAAAAUAAAACAGAUGGUGGAAAUUAAUUGAAGAAAAAGAAUUUUUCCAUUAAAUAAUAAAUAUAAUUGAUCAUUUUAAAAAAAAAGAAAAAAGAAGAAUUGAAAAGAAUUUCAUCGCAUUUCAUUCAAUCAGUUAAUAAUUUACUUGUACACUUAAAUUUAUUUAGUAAAUUGAAGAUAAUAACAGAUGAAAAAUUAUUAUAUUUAUUGACAAUUAUUAUUGUUUACUGCUUAUAGUUCAUAUUAAUUUAGUGAUAUUAUCAUUCACUUUACAGUGGUUGUUGUUGUUGUUGUUUAUUUAGAGUUGACAUUAUGAUUAUAUAUUUUAAUAAGAUGAAUACAAUAAUAAUAACAAUAGUAAAAUAAUGUACUUUUGUUGAAUAAUGAAUAAGUGUUCAUGGUAUUUAUUUCCACAGUACAUACGUAUACAACUAUGAUCCUGAAGUAAACUUUCUCUUAUUUUGUUUUCUUCCAUGCUAACUAUCAUUCAUGUUUAGUGUGUGUGUGUGUGUGUGUGCGUAUGCAUGGUAAUGUUUGUAUCACCUCUUUAUCUUUUAUGAAACAAUGUUUGCCUUCUAGAGUGUUUAUAGUUUAUUCAUUUGUAAAUGUACAACUAUGAAUAGAUUUUAUGCAGUUCUAUAUUUUGCUGAUAGUUGAAAAUUUUCUAAUCCAACUAAAAGAUACUUUGUAUCAUUUGUGGUAAAGUUAUUAUUUUAUUUAGUUGUUUUAAAGUAAUGAUAUAUAUGUUCGCUGUGUGUUAUUUGUUAUUAGAAUCCUUCAUGUUUGUAGUAAAAUAAUAAUCAGAUAAUUUCAAUCGAUUAUAACUUGAUUGAUUUCUUUAUUUCUAUCAGACUACACAUCAAUAAAAGAGAAAUACUUUUUGACUGUUGAUUUAGAAAAUACCGAAAUGUUUGAAGUGACGUAUUUAGAAUUGGUGUUUCAAAAGGUGC